AUGGGGGUCAGAGCGCACUCGACCAGGAGCAUGGUGGCCUCCAAGGCUUUUAACUUGGGUGUGGCCUUGCAGGACAUUUGUGCUGCGACAGGCUGGUCCUCUCCGGACACUUUUGUCCACUUCUAUAACCUGGACCUGGCAUCUAGCCCAGAUAUCUUGCAGAUAUGUGCUGUAGUUUCUACUAUUCCAGCAGGAGCUACCUACAGCUAUCCGUGUCAUGGGAUGGAGGGACGUUAUGUUACUGUGAAUAUUCCUGGAACUUCAAUGGUUCUUACUCUGUGUGAGGUGGAGGUCUAUGCAAUUUUUCCAGAUAAUUUGGCAGCUGGAAGAAACGUCACACAGUCGUCAACUUAUGGCCUCUGGUCUGCUGAACAUGCCAUUGAUUUCAAUCCAGGUUUAACAAAAUCAUGGUCAGCAUGUUCCUCAAGCAAUGUUCAGACUAACCCAUGGUGGAGUGUGGAUCUGAGUUAUAUUUACAGAGUUAGUAGAGUCGUAAUCACAAACAGACUGGACUGCUGUCCAGAACGAAUAAAUGGAGCAGAGAUUCGCAUCGGAAACUCUUUGGAGAACAACGGCAACAACAAUCCCAUAUGUGCUGUGAUUUCUAGCAUUCCAGCUGGUGUUUCCUCCACCUACAUAUGUAACGAUAUGGAGGGUCGAUACUUGAAUCUGAUCAUUCCUGGAGAUUCAAGGAUUCUUACUCUGUGUGAGGUGGAGGUCUAUGGAGAAGGUCCUUUAAUGAAGAAAACGUUUGUGAAGAUGAAGCUGAAGUCCAGUUCAAGUCUGUCUGAACCUGCAGUGAGAGUCCAGCUCCUGUCACAGGGCUGUGGAGGUCUCAACCAUUUCCACCAUCUGCCCCUCCAAUCCCAAACGUUUCAGAAAGAUUGUGUUGGAUACUUGACGACAGAGCUUCCUAUGCCCCAAUUCUUUGGACUUACUAAUAUCCAGUUCCAAGGAGCUUUCAACCAACCUAGUAGUGAUUGCCAUGUAGUCCUGACGGCAGAGUUAAGCUCCAACCCCAAUCCUGUACUGCUGAAGCAGCUGAUAAAGGUCUUCAGUAUCACCACAAACUUCCAGGCAGGUGUGGACCAAGCUGCAAUGCCUGCUAAAGCAGAUCUCAGACUCUGGGACUUCUCUGAGGAGUAA